GUGUAACAUCACGGUUGGCGACCACGUUUUGUUUUCAUCAAUUGCAACCCGGUCUCUUUUAUGACUUUGAUUUUUUACAUGAUCCACGCACUGCACUCACUUACUACCUAUACUUCUGCUGUAGAACCCACCCUAGACCGCACCCUUCAACAUUGCGGUUUGAUUCUCAGGUUCCUACGCCUGGUGUUGCCUCCCGCUUCUGUCCUUUACAAGCGACAAGCGAACAGCCCAUUAACCGCCAGCACUCCUAAGCUUCAUGGCAAACGCUCUCAUACAACAUACCGAGGCCCCAAAAUACCAUCGGCGUUGGGCGUUGGCUUGAGCGGCAUUUUCAAAGAUCAUGAGCGUGUGUUUCUCGGCAGGCAGGCUUUAGGUCGACAGACGAGCAGGGUCUUUACAAGUGGGAAUCGUGUGGACUCUUUGCCUCAUUUAAAUAUCCCCUCCGGCUGUCGCUCCGCGAUAGGAGGAAAAAGAUAUCGUAUAGUCCCAUUGGCGAUGCCAAGUGGCAUGAUAAGGCUGAGAUUCAUCGCAGGCGUGUGCCUCCACAAGUACACAACCACAGGGGGGGGGCACGACUGAGG